AUGCUAUUUGCUGACGAUGCAGCAGUAGCCUGCCAUACUCAGCAAGCACUUCAGUCACUCAUGGACCAUUUCUCUCAGGCCUGCAAAGACUUUGGGCUUACCAUCAGCCUGAAAAAGACUAAAGUCCUGGAACAAGGAACAGAAACACCACCAUCCGUUACCAUCGACGAUUACGAGCUCGAAGUGGUCCAUCAUUUUACGUAUCUAGGCUCCACUGUCACUGACAAUCUCUCCUUAGACUUCGAGCUCGACCAGAGAAUUGGAAAGGCGGCUGCCACACUUGCACGCCUCACUACACGUGUGUGGUCCAACCCCAUGCUCACAGAGAAGACCAAGAUGGCAGUAUACAGCGCUUGUGUCAUCAGUACACUGCUAUACGGCAGCGAGACAUGGACGAUGUACGCCAGACAAGAAAAAAACGCCUGAACACCUUCCACAUGAGAAGCCUCCGCCGCAUCCUGGGAAUUUCGUGGCAAGACAAAGUCCCAAACACAGAGGUCUUGUCUCGUGCGGGCCUGCCAAGCAUGUCAACCUUACUCAGGCAACGUAGACUCCGCUGGCUGGGCCACGUUCAUCGCAUGCCAGACGGCCGCAUCCCCAAAGACUUACUGUAUGGUGAGCUAGCCACUGGAAGCAGACGCAGAGGACGCCCACAGCUGCGAUACCGAGAUGCUUUGAAGCGUGACAUGAAGGCUGUAGGAAUUGACAAAGAGACCUGGGAAAAUCUCGCAGCUGAUCGGUCACAAUGGAGAGGAGCCGUUACAAGGCACCUCAAAACAGGAGAAGAGAAGCUGACACAAGCUGCCACAAGGAGGCGGACCCGCAGAAAACUUCGUAUCAGCAACGUCCAACAAACAGCAUACAAGUGCAGCACUUGCGGCAGGGACUGCCAUUCACGCAUUGGCCUUCACAGUCAUAGCCGCAGAUGCUCCAGCCAAACACACAAUUAG